AUGGCUUGUCGAAUAGUCCUUCCUCGACGAACACCUCAAAAUAUUAUAGAGAAGAUCAAAUCACACCAGGCAGUGCCAGAGUUCUUUGGCGACUCGGCACAGGAAGUGGCUGAGAGAGCCGAAGAGAUCAGCAAAAUGACUCCAUGCGCAUUUAUUCAUCCAUCAGAUCAUCCUCUACUUUAUCUAGGGCACUCUACUAUUGUCAGGGAAAUCGCCGAAGAUCUCGAUCCAGGAGUUGUGCCUUCUCUCAUUGUAGCUAGCUGUGGUGGUGGUGGCCUUGUGUGCGGUCUGGUUGACGGAAUACGCAAGCAGGGAUGGGAGAACCAAACUAAAAUACUGGUUCUUGAAACAGUGGGCACACGAUCAUUCAACGAAAUGGUGAAAGCAGGCGGAGAGCGGGUGAAGCUGGAGAAGAUCGACUCGGUGGUCACCUCACUCAGUGUCGCACAGGUGAACCCACGGACUGCUGAGGUCUUUCUGGAAGCGAAGCCGCCACUUCUCUCUCGUCUGGUCACUGAUGCAGAGGCAAUCGCAGCAUGUGCUGCCUUUGCUGACGACCAUCGGUUCCUGGUUGGACCGGCAUGUGGCACAACACUGGCCGCCCUGUAUGAGCGAAUAGUAGAGCGAGUGCUGACGCACAAUGAAGAGGAACACGAGACUAUCUACGAUAAAAGAGGACACGAGGAGUUCAGACACAGCAAUGAUGGCCCGGUGGUGGUCAUUGUCUGCGGUGGGGCAGAAAUUGAUUUGAAUACAUUGGAAAUGUUUAGAAAACAAUUUAAUGUUUAA